GAUUGCCUACUUAAACCUGUGACCUCCUAAUGGAAUCACCUCACCGAUCUACCACAGCUUCCCGUCAGUCGCUCAUCGGCAACUAGAAACGUUAAUCUCGUGCCGCAAGGCCACCAGUUUUCGAAAUGGAGUUUCUCUUCAAAUGGCUAAGAAAACUGAGGAAACUGAUACGCAGAGCGCCGCUCAGUCCUUUGCAGUUUCAAACAACGGGUUUCGAGACGGUCCCCGAUUGCUACUUCCUCGAGGAAGAGCAGUUUGACGAGUUCAAAGAGGGCCUGUACUACCCAGUGAACAUCGGUGAUGUAUACGAUUCCAAAUACCAGGUAUUAGGCAAGCUAGGGUUUGGAACGACGUCCACUGUGUGGUUGGCCCGCAAUCUACACAAUCGUGAUUAUGUUGCACUGAAGGUCUACACGCGGAAUUGGGAUGCUCGAAGGGAAAUAGAGAACUACGACCUUAUAGGCAAAGCUAACCCUUCUCAUCGGGGCUACCGCCUCGUACGAAAGGCCUUGGAUAGCUUUGUCCUCCAUCGCGACGGCGGCGACUAUACCUGCCUUGUCCUGAAGCCAUUGUGGGACAGCUGGAAGGACCUCGUCCUCCGCAACCCAGUUCACCGAUUCCCCCUGGAGCUGCUGAAGGCUGGUCUUUACGAACUCCUCUUGGCUCUUGACUAUCUUCACUCGGAGUGCAAGCUCGUUCAUACAGAUAUCAAGAUGGACAAUAUCCUAUCAGAGCUAGUCGACAAGAACGUCAUGAAACUCUUCACGAAGGCCGAAAUUGAAUUCCCGUCACCACGCAAAUUUGUCAACGGCGCCCCGAUAUUCAUGUCCCAACGCUUCGAGAGACCAAGGAAGAUGGGCCACGUUGUUUUGAGCGAUUUCGGUUCCGCUGUCCGGGGAGAUCAAAACCAAGACAAUGAUGCACAGCCCAACGUCUACAGAUCGCCAGAGGUCAUGCUGGAUAUGGAAUGGAGCUAUCCAGUGGAUAUCUGGAAUAUCUGGGACGUUUUCGAGGGAAAGCACCUGUUCUACGGCAUCGAUCCACUGAUGGAUACGUACACAACCAGGGCACAUCUCGCCGAAGUGAUUGGCAUGCUUGGACUGCCGCCGCUUGACUUGAUCCAGCGAGGCCGGAGGGGUAAAGAAUUCUUCACAGAAGACGGACAAUGGAAACAGACGGACAUCCCAAUACCCCAAGACAGAAGCUUGGAGAGUGUUGAAGAACUUCUAGAGGGCGAGAGUAAAGAAAAGUUCCUGGCUUUCGUAAGGGGAAUGCUGCAGUGGCGCCCAGAAGACCGGAAGACGGCGAAAGAACUGCUCCAAGAUCCGUGGUUGACGAGCUUUUAGCGGCUUCAAAGUCUGCAGGACUACUCGAUAAGGAGGUAAAUGCACGAAUAGAGAAGAUAAGGUUAGAGACACGCUGCUGUGACGGUUGACUCGAUUUCUUUAUGGUUGGACUUGGUCACUUCGCCCUCAACCCUGGCAGAGGAGGGUAAGAGUACC